GGCUCCUCACUGGACAGUCCCGCACGGCUGCCGGUUCUUGAUUGGCUACGGCUUUACCUGUCCACAGUCUUCUGACGAAGGGAGCCGCUCGCUGAUUGGCGGACGGGUCUCCCUGCCGGUCUGAUCGGGCGUUGCUGCGCAGGCGCGGCUGGUAAACCACGCCCCCCGGCCGAAAUAAAAAAGCAGCGACGCGGAUUUAAAGGGAUAGGCUCGUGUGGGAUUAAAACACCGCCGACAAAUAAGACAGUCUCUGCAGGUCUCUCUGGAUAGGAGCCUCUGCCCGAUGACUCGUUAAUAUUUCAUGUUCUUGAAGUUUGAGCGGAAUUGAAAAGGGCUCCAGACUGCGUGUGGCCGGGAGAACUGACCGAGAGACAUGCCCGAGAAACACAAGGUGCCCCGAACCACGGAGCUGGAGUUUGGAGGGACGCUGGGUGCCCUGUGUCUCCCUGUUCUCCUGCCCCUCACUGUUCUCUACCUCCUUCUCUCCUGCCGCACCCCCGAUGCCAGCCUCCUCCCGCCUCCCCCCCUACCCCCCCUCGCACAGCUCUGGCUCCCCGAGACCCUGCUGCUGCUGCUGGGCUGGGGGGCUCUGCAGGGGGGGCUCUACCACUCCCCAUCGGCCGUUCCAGGGGGGGUGGCUGAGGGAAUGGUCCUCCGAGACGGUUCCAGACUGAAGUACCCGAUCAAUGGGUUCUCUGCCCUCCUGAUCACGGGGGGGAUCUUGUCCGUGGCGCUGCACUGUGGUUUGCCCCUGGGGUAUAUCCACGACCACAUGUUGCCACUGGCUGUGUCUGCCGGGAUCAUCUCCCUGACACUCAGCCUGCUGCUCUACCUGAAAUCACUGUGCGCCCCCGCCAGCGCCAUCGCCCCCGGGGGGAACACAGGGAACCCCCUCUACGAUUUCUUCAUGGGGCAUGAGCUGAACCCCCGAAUCGGCUCCUUCGAUCUGAAAUAUUUCUGUGAGCUGCGACCAGGGCUGAUCGGCUGGGUGCUGAUUAAUCUGGCAAUGCUAAUGAAGGAGGUGGAGCUAAGGGGGAGCCCCUCCCUCGCGAUGAUUCUGGUGAAUGCCUUCCAGUUGCUUUACGUCGUCGAUGCUCUCUGGAACGAGGAGGCAGUGCUGACCACGAUGGAUAUCGUUCAGGACGGGUUUGGUUUCAUGCUGGCGUUCGGAGACCUGGCCUGGGUGCCCUUUACCUACAGCCUGCAGGCUCACUUCCUGGUGACUCACCCGCGAGAACUGAGCGCGCUCGGUGCCACCGCCAUCGCCGCGCUCAACGCGCUCGGAUAUUUCAUCUUCCGCAGAGCAAAUUCGGAGAAAAACCUUUUCCGAAGGGACCCGUCAGCCCCCCGAGUGUCUGGUUUGGAGACGAUCGCCACGGCAACGGGAAAGCGGUUGUUGGUUUCGGGGUGGUGGGGGUUCGUGAGACACCCCAAUUAUUUGGGGGACCUGAUGAUGGCGCUGGCCUGGUCCCUGCCCUGUGGUCUCUCUCACCUGCUCCCCUAUUUCUACGUGCUCUAUUUCGCCGCCCUGCUGGUUCACAGAGAGGCUCGCGACGAGCGCCAGUGCCUCAGGAAGUACGGGCUUGCCUGGGAGCGGUACUGCGAGAGAGUGCCCUAUCGAAUCAUACCCUACCUGUACUGAACCGGGCCAGAACCAGAGGCACCCCGCCCCUGCACUGGACCGGCUCCGUCAUCAUCUGUACUGAACCAGAACCACAGCUGCAAGAUGGACUGAUCCCAGAGCACAGCGUGCAAGAACCAAAAUGAACAAGAACUUAAACAAUUUAUUUGUCACUAUUGUUUUUAUUAUUAUGAUUAUUAUUAAUAAAAAAUACAAAUAUCUA